UACUCGUGUAUGUUUAAACAUUAUUGACAUUGAUUAAUAUUAAAAAAAAAAUAAACAUUCACAUACGAAUAAAAUCUGUGAUCAAUUCCAGUCCAAAAAAUUAGAAAUUAUUUAAAUAAUGGAUGCAAGCCCAUUAGACUUCGUGGCUCAAGCGUCAUGGGACUUAAUGGAAGCUAUGGAAAAAGUCACCGAAGAGACUGAAAAGGAAAAUUUGAUAGUAAACCAUAUAAAGAAAGUAUAUUCUACAGUGGUAUCCAUCGAUGAUUUCAAGAAAAAUUUAGAAUGGGUUAAUGUUUCUGAACCCCUAUCUUUGACUCAGCAUUGCUCUGAAAAAGUAGUGGUAUUGGAUUUUUGGACAUAUUGCUGUAUCAACUGCUAUCAUGUCUUGCCUGAUUUAGAGUACCUGGAGAAGCUGCACAGAGUUGAAAAUGGACUUGUCGUGAUAGGUGUGCACUGUGCCAAGUUCAACAAUGAAAAGGAUUCAUCCAAUGUGUUAGCAGCAAUUCAAAGGUACAAUAUACACCACCCAGUUGUUAAUGAUCCUGAUAGCAGUGUUUGGACCUCACUGGGAAUUAAAUGCUGGCCAACUCUUCUCAUUCUAGGCUUAGGAAAUAGGCCACUGUUUGUGAUAACAGGUGAGGGACACAGGGACCGUCUGGUGGCUUAUGUCCAAGCUGCAUUACGGUAUUUUAGUCCUAAAAUUUCCGUCGCUUCCAUACCAAUGGCUCCAUCGAAGCACUUGAAAGCGAAAGAUAAUGAGAUCCUCCAUUUUCCUAGUAAGGUUGCAUUAAAUCCAUUCUACCGUGGCCGUUCUGAAGAACCAUUUAUAGCUAUAUCGGACAGUGGAAACAACCGAAUACUACUUACAGACUGUUCAGGCCUAAUCUUACGAAUAAUUGGCGGGACCGAGCGUGGAUUUAAGGAUGGCAAAUUGAACGAGGCUUUAUUCGAUUCGCCGCAGGGUUUGUGUUGGCUUUCGGGCAGUGUACUGGCGGUGUGUGAUACAAACAACCACUGCCUUAGAACGGUUCAUCUUGAUGAUGGGACUGUUGAAAUAUUAGCUGGCACAAGGAAGCAAAAUGUUUAUGGAAAUCUAGGUGGCAAGUGUCUAGGCCUCCAGCCGUUGUCGUCUCCGUGGGACAUACUACUGUACACUACUCCUGAUAUGGACAUGUCGGUGCGUCCAUCGCCAGCCUCCGUCGGCAUAGCACCAAAGGAAACUGAUAAAGAAAAGAAUGACAAAGAAGAGGUUAAAGAUAAAGAAAAGAAAGACGAAAAGCGUCGUGUGCUGUUAAUCGCGGAAGCUGGUUCUCAUCAAAUUUGGGCGCUCUUUUUGGAUACAACAAUUUGGUGGAAAUACAAAACAUUUACUGAAGGCACAUGUGCGUGUAUUGCUGGGUCAGGCGACGAGGCCGCCCGGAACAGCGCAUAUCCGCAUACCGCUUCAUUUGCACAACCCUCUGGAAUAACGCUUAGAACCGGUCCAAACCCUGAGAUAUUCAUAGCGGAUUCGGAAAGUUCGUCGAUAAGAAGACUGGCUCUGUCCACUGGACAGGUGUCUACGCUUUGCGGCGGGGACCGCAAUCCUAUCAAUCUAUUUGCUUAUGGAGAUGUAGAUGAUAUCGGUGUGGAAGCAAAGUUACAGCACCCAUUAGGAGUCGCCUACUGCGAUACAUCAAAAACUCUCUUCAUAGCUGAUACCUACAAUCACAAGAUCAAGAAGGUGGAUGUAGCCACGCAAAGAGUUACCACACUUACACCAACCAAAAUUGAGAGUGCAGAACCCGCCAAGUUCAAUGAACCAUCUGGUUUAGCACUCAGUUCAGACGGCAAGUAUUUAUUCAUUGCAGACACAAAUAAUCACAGUAUAAAGUUAUUCAACUUAGUUAAAAAUGUAUGUCAAGACUUCAAGGUACGCCUCCCGGACCUAAAAUUCACUGAACCAGAGAAUUUAAUAUUAUACCAGAACGAUUUGUUCGUAAAUCGAAAAUGCGGCAACCUAAUUAUUUAUUUUAAUGUCAGUUUGGAUGGAGACACAAAGAACGUUAAGUUUACUCCAGGGGCGCCACAAAACUGGAACGUUUGUGUCCGGGACGAAAACAAUAAGGAUGUCACGUUGGAGGAUUUUGAUUUCAUUAAUUGCUCGCAUAAAGGGAACAAACUACCGGGCCGAGUCGAAAUGAAACUUAAACAGAGAACAGAUAAAACUCAUUAUCGAUUGUAUUUAAGCUUCCAUACGGCGUUGUGUGAUACUUCCUCUUGUUUUUCGCAUUCGUUCACGAUAAGAUCUACAAUUCUAGUGAGAGAUUCUGUAAAAAUGGUUGAAUCGUAUAAAAUCACUUGUAAAGUGAAUCCGGUGAACCGAACAGAUAUUAGGGCAGAACAGAAAUCUGAGCAAAACAACAAACAAGAACAAAAUAAAAAUUCGUAAAUUGUGAUGAC